AUGGAAGAGGCCAGGCUCAGAGAUCCCGGGGUCCGCAUCCUGCAGGAUGACGUGGCCUGUGACAUCAUCAAGAUCGGAACUUUGGUACGAAACAGAGAGCGCUUUGUGAAGCGGCGACAGAGACUUAUUGGACCCAAGGGCUCCACCCUGAAGGCUCUAGAGCUGCUGACGAACUGCUACGUGAUGGUCCAGGGAAACACCGUCUCUGCUCUAGGACCGUUCAAUGGACUCAAAGAGGUGCGAAAAGUGGUGAUGGACACAAUGAAGAAUAUCCAUCCCAUUUACAACAUAAAGACGCUGAUGAUCAAACGGGAGUUGGCCAAAGAUGGCGAGCUGCGCAGCCAGAGCUGGGAGAGGUUUCUGCCCAAAUUCAAACACAAGAAUCUGACCAAACGAAGAGAACCCAAGAAAAAGGCUGUGAAAAAGGAGUACACGCCGUUCCCUCCAGUGCAGCCGGAGAGCAAGAUGGAUCAGGAGCUGGCAUCAGGAGAAUUCUUCCUCAGAGAAAGUGUCAAACGGAGGAAGAAAAUGGAGGAGAUUAAGGUGAAACAGGCCGAAGCUCUGACCAAGAAACAAGAAGAGAGGAACAAAGCGUUCAUUCCCCCUAAGGAGAAGACUCUGCUCAAAAACACCAGCAAAGCGCCCUCCGAAGGUAGACUGGACAUUGAGGCACUGAAAGAGAAAGUGAAAAAGUCCAAAACAAAGAAACUGGGUGCCCCCCCUGUGAGCCCCGCCCCUGACAGCUCCACAGCCACAAACAAGGGACUCAAGAAGAAGCACAAAGGCUAA